AAUUUCCGCAUCGGCAACAUGCAUGCUUGCUUAUCAAGUGGUGCGCCGACGGAGCACCAGCGGGACACCAGACGGGACGCAAGUGAUGGUUAUUAAUGGCCGGGGACAUGGAGCUGGUUCCGAGCGUGGGGGGUGUCCGCGGCUUCACCGCGGCCGCCCAGGGUGAGUGCCUGGGUGAACAUCGGCUGGCCCGACGAUCUGGACAGCUCAAAGUGAGCUCUGGCGCGUCUGUCCCCCCCUCACUUUCUCGAUCCACCAGGACACAGGCAAGACAUCAACAGCCAGCGACUACCCCAUACCCCACAUUACACAAUGACUGUCAACGCCCCCACCAAGGACCAGCUCAAGCAGUGGGACCAGGAGGACAAGCUCAACUGGACCCGCGGCGAGUUUGAGAUCCCCGACGCCCGGAAAUGCGGCGCCAAGGUCGACGGCGACGCCGUGUACUUUUGCGGCAACUCGCUUGGCCUGCUCAACAAGCGCGCACGCGAGCACAUGAUGGAGGAGCUCGACGUCUGGUCCAAGACCGCGGUCACCGGCCACUUCAAGCACCUGUACGGCCGGCCGUGGAAGCACCUCGCCGACCCCAUGCUCCCUACCAUUGCUAAGCUCCUCGGUGCCAAGGAGAGCGAGUGCGCCCACUCGUCGACACUUACGACCAACAUGCACACUCUCUUGACGACGUGGUACGCCCCCACGCCGAAGCGCUGGAAGAUUGUCAUUGAGCGUGGCGCGUUCCCGUCUGACUGGUACGCCGCCAAGUCGCACCCUGGGCUCCACCGCAACGUCCUGUCCGAGGAGCAGGUCGAGAACGCCAUCAUUGGCAUUGAGCCUCGCGCGGGCGAGGAACUCCUCCGCACCGAGGACAUCCUCAAGGUCCUCGAGGACAACAAGGACGAGAUUGCGCUGGUCUGGCUCCCGAUGGUGCAGUACUACACUGGACAGAAGCUGGACAUCCCGCCCCUGGUGAAGAAGACGCACGAGAUCGGCGCGCUCUUCGGCCUCGACAUGGCGCACGGUAUCGGCAACGUCAAGAUGCACCUCGACGACUGGGGAGUUGACUUUGCUGUCUGGUGCACGUACAAGUACCUAAACUCUGGGCCGGGCGGGACGGGCGGCUUCUUUAUCCGCGAAGGCUUGUCGGACAACGGGCGCCGCCUCGCCGGCUGGUGGGGCGUGAACCCCAAGACGCGUUUCGACAUGACCGAGGAGUUUGACCCCACGCCGGGCGCCCAGGGAUACAUGCACUCGAACACGGGCGUGCUCGGCUCGAUCCCCCUCCUCGCCACGCUCGAGCUCAUCGACAAGGUCGGCUUCGACAACCUGCGCGACAAGGCCGACCGGCUCACCGGCGCGCUCGACGCCCUCCUCAGGCAGAGCAAAUACUACAUCCCCGCGGACAAGAUUCCCAAGGACGGCGAGGACACCAAGCUCGGCUUCCACAUCAUCACGCCCGAGCUGCCGUACCGCGGCACGCAGCUGUCGCUGUUCAUCCACCCGGGCACGAAGGGGAUCAUGCCGCGCGUGUUUGAGAAGAUGGUCGACCGGGGGCUGGUGGGCGACGAGCGCUUCCCGUACGUGAUCCGCCUCUCCCCAGUCGCGCUGUACAACACGUUCGAGGAGGUGGGUCGCGCAGCCGCGAUCGUCGAGGAGGCGCUGGCCGAGGUCGAGGCCGAGGGCCUCGGCAAGUAGUCUGUAUCUAUAGCGGAUGGGUUUAGUGAUGCAUAUCAUACAAUG